UAUUUUGUAAAAGCCACCAAAACACGCUCUCUCUCUCUCUCUCUCUCUCUCUCUCUCUCUCUCUCUCAUUCCUCGACCUUUCUUUCUCGGCGACGGCAACACGGCCGGCGAGCACAGCGGCGAGCGGCAACACUCUUCAUUUCGGCCUCAAAUCAGUUAACUCUCCAUCUUAGAACAUAACAGAGAAAUCAGUAGAAGAUAAGAUGGCAGGGCCAGGAAGACUUGGGAGCAGAAACCAGAAGGAAUCAGCAAUUACUCGUGUGGUGAAUUCUGUCUUUGGAUUUGUAAAAAUGGCUGAGUUUGAGAUCCUCUUUGUCCUUUUUUUCGUCAUCGCUUUUCUUAUCUUUAAAGAUCUGACUUCAAGACCAGAAUACAAUCAACUUCUGGUGAAGAAGCCUGAAGGAGGAAGUAUUUGGCCAUAAUUGGAGAAUAUAGAAGUUGAAUAUUUUGUAUAGCACUAAUGUUUGUCAUUACUCUUGAAAGUUUCAAUUGUCUAAAAGUUUGUAUUUUUAAAUGUGAUCACUUGAUUCAAUGACAAUAAGUUUGGAAUAUUAGCAUGGAACAGAGUAUACCCCAUCAUGUGUUUGGCUUUCAAUUUUGAAUCAAUGUAAUGUUUGGUAGUACAAGAAGAAACACACUUGGUUUCCUCAACAUCAGCUUAUAAUAAUAAAUCAAAAGAAAUUAGCAUUUUGUGAA